AUGCAAGCUCGAGAAACCGCCGUCGUCGUCAAUGUCCGCGCCAUCCCGCACUUCUUCGUCUCCUCCUACGCCGGCCUCGGGCUCUACAUCUCCAUCCUCAUCUUCCCCUUCAUCGUGCUGUGCCGUGAUGUGUUGUACUGCUACCGUCAGAAGCACCCAGUGAACCUGCUGCUGCUCGGCAUCUUCACAGUGGCCAUCAGCUUCGCUGUGGGCAUGACAUGUGCCUUUACUAGCGGCAAGGUCAUUUUGGAGGCUGCGAUUCUUACAACGGUGGUUGUCUUCAGCCUGACUGCUUACACCUUCUGGGCUGUAAAGAGGGGCAAGGACUUCAGCUUCCUUGGUUCUUUCCUGUUUGCUUCUCUCAUGAUGUUGCUCGUCUUUGGUUUCAUUCAGAUCCUCUUCCCGCUGGGCAAGCUCUCUCACAUGAUCUAUGGCGCGCUAGCGGCACUCAUCUUCAGUGGUUACAUUGUCUAUGACACGGACAACAUCAUCAAGCGUUACACGUAUGACGAGUAUGUCUGGGCCGCCGUCUCACUCUACCUUGACGUCAUCAAUCUGUUCCUGGCCCUGCUGACCCUGUUUAGCGCGGGUGACAGCUAAAGC